UAGAAAAUAUGUAAAACUAUAUACCUACUUUUCGUAUUUUGGUAAUUUAGUUCAAUUCAUGAAUGUUCCUUACUAUCCAUGUAUUUUUACUAAUUCUGCAAACAUGUGGGGCAGAACGAAUUAUAAUGACUUUAAAAUACUCGUUGAAUCGUAUGAAGACAGUAAUAGUAAACGGAGAACCGGUUACUCACGGCACAGUUCCUUACGUCGUAUCCAUCAAGGAAGGCUACCAACUAGGAGAAGGCCAAUUCACAGCCAAGAACUUGUGCGGCGGAAGCAUCAUUAGCACAGAUAAGGUCCUCACAGCGGCUCACUGCUUCGAACGUAACAACUUCGCAUACGUGAAAGAUCCAUCACGAUUAGCAGUCGUCGCAGGAGACCUGAGAAAUGUCAUCAAUAUAACCGAAUUCAUUUCGAAUAAAGAAACACAGUGGAGAAGAAUCAGUAAGAUUGUUAUACAUCCACUCUUUAACUUUCCUUUGGAUGACAUAGCAGUUGUAUUUGUAGACCCAAUUUGGGAUUUCUCAGAAUAUAUUACACCUAUUAAAAUUGCCAGGCUUCAUACAGAUUACCCGGACACGUGUUACGCAGCCGGUUACGGGAGAACUUCGCACGGCCCGGAGAGCCAGAGAUCGCAAGUGCUUCUUAGAGCUAAAAUUACGGUAAUUCCAAGAACCAAAUGUAAAGAAAUUUGGGAAGUGGAUAUGGAUGAGUUCGUAUGUACCAACUCUGUGAACGCUGACGUGGCAGUGGGAGAUUCGGGAGGACCCUUGGUGUGCGAGGCACCGCGGACCCGGAGGAGGAGCCGGGCAAGGAGCUCCUAGUGGGGGUGACCAGUGGGAAAAAUUUUGAUCUUACUAGUAUUUUUAUGAGAGUUUCCGCUUACGCGAACUGGAUUGAUCACGGACUUACUUGGAAUGAAGGAUAUUACUUGAAAAACUGGUGCCUUUUAUCUUGCUUUUUAUUAUUG